UGCGGGGACCGGGAAGCAGGCGCGGGGAAGGCGCCGCCCCGAGGGGCGGACCCCAAACUUCGCAGCGCCUGAAAAGCGGCGCGAGCGCGGGCGCGGCCGGAGCCGCCCCUGUGCUGCCACCGCUUCCGGGGCCGCGCGUCCCGCUCGCCGCCCGCAGCCAUGGCCAAGCCCCUGACCGACCAGGAGAAGCGGCGGCAGAUCAGCAUCCGCGGCAUCGUGGGCGUGGAGAACGUGGCCGAGCUGAAGAAGGGCUUCAACCGCCACCUGCAUUUCACGCUGGUCAAGGACCGCAACGUGGCCACCCCGCGCGACUACUUCUUCGCGCUGGCGCACACGGUGCGCGACCACCUGGUGGGGCGCUGGAUCCGCACGCAGCAGCACUACUACGAGAAGUGCCCCAAGAGGGUCUAUUACCUCUCUCUGGAAUUUUACAUGGGCCGAACAUUACAGAACACCAUGAUCAACCUUGGCCUGCAAAAUGCCUGUGAUGAGGCCAUUUACCAGCUGGGAUUGGAUAUGGAGGAGUUGGAAGAAGUUGAAGAAGAUGCUGGACUUGGCAAUGGUGGUCUUGGGAGGCUUGCUGCCUGCUUCUUGGACUCCAUGGCAACCCUGGGACUUGCGGCCUAUGGAUACGGUAUCCGGUACGAAUAUGGAAUUUUCAACCAGAAGAUCCGAGAUGGAUGGCAGGUAGAAGAGGCAGAUGAUUGGCUCAGGCAUGGAAACCCUUGGGAGAAGUCCCGUCCUGAAUUUAUGCUGCCUGUGCACUUCUACGGAAGAGUAGAGCACACCCAGACCGGGACCAAGUGGAUCGACACGCAGGUGGUCCUGGCUCUGCCGUAUGACACCCCUGUGCCUGGGUAUAUGAAUAACACGGUCAACACCAUGCGCCUCUGGUCAGCUAGAGCACCCAAUGACUUUAACCUCAGAGACUUCAAUGUUGGAGACUACAUUCAGGCUGUGCUGGACCGAAACCUGGCCGAGAACAUCUCCCGUGUGCUCUAUCCCAAUGACAAUUUUUUUGAAGGGAAGGAGCUAAGACUGAAGCAGGAAUACUUUGUGGUGGCUGCAACCCUGCAGGAUAUCAUCCGACGUUUCAAAGCCUCCAAGUUUGGCUCCUCCAGCAGUGCAGGAACCGUGUUCGAUGCCUUUCCAGAUCAGGUGGCCAUCCAGCUGAAUGACACUCACCCUGCACUCGCCAUCCCGGAGCUGAUGAGGAUUUUUGUGGAUAUUGAAAAGUUGCCUUGGUCCAAGGCAUGGAACAUAACCAAGAAGACCUUUGCUUACACCAACCACACAGUGCUCCCAGAAGCCCUAGAGCGCUGGCCGGUGGAGCUGGUGGAAAAGUUGCUUCCUCGACACCUGCAGAUCAUUUACGAGAUAAAUCAGAAGCAUUUAGAUAGAAUUGUCACCUUGUUUCCUAAAGAUGUCGACCGUAUGAGAAGGAUGUCUCUGAUAGAAGAGGAAGGAGGCAAAAGGAUCAACAUGGCCCACCUCUGCAUCGUGGGCUGUCACGCUGUGAAUGGUGUGGCCAAGAUCCACUCAGACAUCGUGAAGACCAAAGUAUUCAAGGACUUCAGCGAGCUUGAACCACACAAGUUUCAGAACAAAACCAAUGGGAUCACUCCGAGGCGCUGGCUGUUGCUCUGCAACCCUGGGCUGGCAGAGCUAAUAGCAGAGAAAAUUGGGGAAGACUAUGCGAAAGACCUGAGCCAGCUGACGAAGCUGCACAGCUUCCUGGAUGACGACGUCUUCCUCCGAGAAAUAGCCAACGUGAAGCAGGAGAAUAAGCUGAAGUUUUCUCAGUUCCUGGAGAAGGAGUACAAAGUCAAGAUCAACCCGUCCUCCAUGUUUGAUGUCCACGUGAAGAGGAUCCAUGAGUACAAGCGCCAGCUCUUGAACUGCUUGCACGUGAUCACCAUGUACAACCGCAUUAAGAAAGACCCCAGGAAGUUAUUUGUGCCAAGGACAGUUAUAAUUGGUGGCAAAGCUGCUCCGGGAUAUCACAUGGCCAAAAUGAUCAUAAAGCUGGUCACCUCAGUGGCAGAGGUGGUGAACAAUGACCCCGUGGUUGGCAGCAAGUUGAAAGUCAUCUUCUUGGAGAACUACAGAGUGUCUCUUGCUGAGAAAGUCAUUCCAGCCACGGAUCUGUCGGAGCAGAUUUCCACUGCAGGCACGGAAGCCUCAGGGACGGGCAAUAUGAAGUUCAUGCUGAACGGGGCCCUGACCAUUGGGACCAUGGAUGGUGCCAACGUUGAAAUGGCAGAGGAAGCCGGGGAAGAGAACCUGUUCAUCUUCGGCAUGAGGGUAGAUGAUGUAGCUGCUCUGGACAAGAAAGGGUACCAGGCAAAAGAAUAUUAUGAGGCCCUUCCAGAGCUGAAGCUGGUCAUUGACCAAAUUGACAAUGGCUUCUUUUCUCCUGAGCAGCCUGACCUCUUCAAAGACAUCAUCAACAUGCUAUUUUAUCAUGACAGGUUUAAAGUCUUUGCAGACUAUGAAGCCUACGUCAGAUGUCAAGAAAAAGUCAGUCAGCUGUACAUGAAUCCGAAAGCCUGGAACAGGAUGGUACUCAAAAACAUAGCUGCUUCGGGCAAGUUCUCCAGCGACCGGACAAUUAAGGAAUAUGCCAGGGACAUCUGGAACAUGGAGCCUUCGGAUCUGAAGAUUUCCCUGUCCAGCGAAGCCAGCAAUGGGGUAAACAAGGCCAGUGGAAAUUGAAUCGUGAACUUUCUAGAAAACACAGCUUCUUACUGAACUUGAACCUUUUUUUAUAACAUUUACUGAUGUUAUUUUGUUUUGCUAGCCAAUAAGUAUCUCUGGGAAUGGGAAGAGAAAAUGUCUGUCUAUAUUUACAGCUGAAAAUAAAGUAUCAAUUUCCAA